UUCACACCAUUCGCAGUUUGCCAAAGUUGAAAGUUUCUCGUUUAUUGAAGUGUUUUAUUGCGAGUAGUCGUUAGGGUUCUUCGUAGUCUUUUAAUUCAGUUUAGAGUAUUACUUUCAGAUUUUGCGAGGAGAAUAUUUUCAGAAGGGAUUUUAUUAUCUAUUGGAUCCGUUAAUCCGUUCCGCCUGUUUCUUAAUGGAUGGUUUAAUCGAUCGCUCGCCAAAUUAAAACAACCUGAAUUUUCAUCAUCAACCUGCGGGUUUUAUUUUUGUUCCUUGUUAACAACUUUCUGUUUGUUAUCUUGGGAUUUUGGAAGCUUAUUAUAAUUAUGGGAUUUGCCCAGGCCCACCGUGCCCAAGCGGAAUAUUCCUCUCCCAACUCUUUCUUGACGCAAUGCGCAGCGUGAUACCAUCUCCUCCAGCAUGCCGCGCCAGAAACUCUAUUUAUCAGCCCCUGUGGAGCGGAUGGACGUGGACGGGGCCGACGCCUCCGACGGGGUCCCCGACGCCCCCGCCACCCGUGCCGCCCUGGUGAACGGGCGUCUGCGCGCCAGCGAGGAGUCCAGCACGCACUACGAGGAAUCCUCCGGAGCCACCACCUCCAGCGCCGACGCCCCCGACGCCAACACCAGCGCCACCUCCAACGGGUUUAUCGAGCCCGCGCCCCCGGUCAAUGGUGUGGGGCGGUCGGAGGCCGGGGCCCCGGGGGCUGGGGGCGGCGUUGGCGAGGGAGGGAUGCUUGGGGCGUAUCGGCCCAGUAUCUCCCAGGAGGUGUUUGAGAAGAUCCGGGAGAGGAUCGUGGCCAGUAAGGAGCGGGAGAAGCAGAGUCUGGCUAAGCAGAUUCUGCGGAAGGAGGAGGAGAAGAAGAAACUGGCACGGGAUCGCGAUGCGGCGGCCGAUCUGGAGAGCAAGAUGGCCAAACUGCGUGACAGCAUCAAGCAGGAGAAAGCCAAGCAGAUGAAGCUCUUCACGCAGAUGAAGCAAGCCAAGAAUAAUGAGGAAUCCCUGAAGAAGCAGCAGAAGGACGCCAAGGAUCGCGGCCGGGAGAUGACGAGCAGUAUGAGUAUGCCGCCGCAGCAUCACUCCUACGCCAACGCCUCCAUGCUCAUCUCCCAAACCAAUCCCGCCAUGCGACCGCGCCUGCUGAAUUAUCCACCGAUGAAUGUCCCCAUGGGCGCCAUGGUGCACCAGAACAACACCCACCUGGAACCCCACCAGCCGCAUGGUCAGAAGAGGCAGCGCAGCGUGUCCCCCGGUGUCGAGCGUAUCGCGCAGCAGCAGCAACAGCAGCAGUCCCAUGCGCACGCGCAGGCGGUCCUUUCGGGGUCCUCCCGGCAGCAGCAGCCGCCGCCCUCCGCCCACGAUGUCAUGCGCAGCCGCGCCCCCUCCACCGGUGGUCCGCCGCCGCAGUCGGUCUCCUCCAAGAUUCCCCGGCCUAGUAUGAUGCCCCCGAAUGAGUCACCGCAUUCUGGACGCAGCGCCAAAUCGCCACCGAAGCCGACAUCCACCGUGUCGUCGAUGAACCAGAGCGGCGGCUCGGUCAGCACGCCGAUGCAGGUGGCCGGCCUGGCCGGCUCCUACGGCAACAACGCCGCGGCCUACUCGACGCUGGGCAGCCAGGUGUACUGUCUCGUGCCCAACAUGCUGGGCGCCGCGGCCGGCGGGGUGGCGCCGCAGUUAAUGCUGCAGAAGCCGGAGAAUAUCGCCGCAUUGUCACCGCAGCAGCAGAGUAUUAUGGCCCAGCAGAUCCAUGCCAUGAACGCCAGUAAUCCCGAGUACAUGCGAGCGCUGCAGCAGGCGCUGGAGACGCAGCAGCAACAGCAGAGUGUGCGGGCCGCCGGCGAGGCCGCCGCCCUGUACCGGCACUACGGGAUACAGCCCGGCGCCGUCAUCCAGCAGCCCAUGCUCAUGCGCGCCGGCCUGCCCUCCAACGCCGGCGGUGCACAGCUCAACAGUCCCGCCACCUCUGCACAAAUGCCCGAUGGAUCUCAAAGGGUUGGGAGUAUUAUGACGGGAGUGCCGGUGUUCGGGCCGGGUAUGGCCGGCAGUCCGUACGGCGGGGGCGCCGCGACGGCCUCCUCCGCCCCGGGAUCCGCCGGCAACAUACAUUCACGGGUGCCAUCGUAGAAUCACACAGAGUCUGUUUUGUUGCGUUGAUGCUGAGCUGUUGUUGUUGUCUGAUCGGUUGAGCGGCGAACACCCUGUGCUGAUCGAUUGCCGUCCCCCCCUGCCAGAAUGUCUGGCAGAGACUGAUUGUGCGUGUGAAAGAGAGAAAACUGAGAGCAGUUGUGCUGGUUAGUGUCGAUGUGGUUAUUUAACUGGCCAGUUGUGGCUCUCUCUCUCUCUGGUUGUUGUGGAGAUGUGGGAAAAAUUUGGGAAAACUUGCCAUUGAUAUUUCUGCAGAAUGGUCAAAAUAAAAAAA